AUGCAGCGCGCUAUAGUUGACGUCGAAGCAGAUGAUUACCGCGGACGAACCCCAAUGCUGAUGGCCGUACAACGAGGGUACCUGGACGUCGUCGAGGAGCUGAUGUGGAAAGGGGACUUGCUGAUCAACCGACGGAACCCUGAGGAAUACAGGAUGACCUACCUAGCGACGGCAGCCUCGAGGGGCCACGAAGCGAUCGUCCUCCGCCUCCUUUCGUACCCGGAUAUCAAGACAGACGUCAUAGACAGCAGCGGCCAUGGGAUUCUAAAACAUGCCGCUGUCGGCGGGAACGAAAAUAUCGUACGGAAGGUCCUGUCAUGGCCCAAGGCUGAUGUCAACCGACGCGGCGAGGACGACUCGACCCCGAUCAUGUGGGCUGCGAUACACGGCCACGAGUCCAUCGUCCGGCUGCUGAUUGAGAAUGGCGCAGCCGUGGAUCUGGUCGCCGUGCUGGUCGGCGCGUCGGCGCUCGACGCCGCGGCACACAACGGCCACGAAGGCACGUUUCGAUUGUUGGCGGCUCAGCCGGGCGUCGAGCUGGAUCGGCCGGACUUAGAUGGCCGGACACCGUUUGCCAAUGCGGCUCUCACAGGGAAUGUGGGCAUUGUGAAGUUGCUGUUGGAGAAAGGUGAUAUGCUCAAUCCUGAAGCGGCUGAUAGAUUCGGCCAUACGCCCUUGAUGCUUGCGGCGCGGGCUGGCGAUGACGAUGUCGUCCGGGUUCUCCUCCGGGAGCCUCGCGUGGAUAGCAGCCGGAGGGAU